CAUUCUGCUUGUCUCUCCGCCACGUUACCGGCAGCGGCAGUUUUAAACUCCGCAUGAGGAGGCUGGCUCAGGUGCUGCUUCACAUUUUACUAACCAGGAGUCUGAAGAAGGUGAAGAAGAAGGAAGAAUUAGGAGGAUUAAAGCAGUCGCUCAAGUAUCGCAGCUUUCCGGCAGAGCCAGUCAGAGCAGGAAAGCGAGGCAGGCUGUUUUAAGUCAGCUCAGCGUUAUGGGUCUCACCAAACAUCCCCGUCUUCUCUGCUGCCCAGUGAUGGUGUCAAGAGGUCAGGCUCGCCCCUUGCUGUCCGGGAAGCCCUUAUUAAUUCCGCACUGAACUCUCCUUAGCAAGUCAAACAUGAACAAAAGCAUGCUCUCAAACGGGUCGUGUACCGACGCCACCUGCAACGACACUCUCACCGUGAACGGGAAUGGCAAGCCGGCGACGAGCAUCGUCAUGUUCUUGGCCGGUGUGGUGGGAAACCUCCUGGCUCUCUUCAUCCUCGGGGUGCACCAGAAGGAGCAUCGCUCCAGGUCCUCGGUCUUCUGCAUCCUGGUGACCGGCCUGGCCCUCACAGACCUGCUGGGCACCUCCCUCCUCAGCCCGUCUGUGUUCAUCUGCUACGCCCGCAACUUGUCCCUGAUAGGUCUGGGCGGUGAGAGCCUGUGCAAGCUCUUCGGCUUCGCCAUGAGCUUCUUCGGCCUGGCGCCCAUGCUCAUCCUGUGCGCCAUGGCCGUGGAGCGCUGCCUGGCCAUCAGCCACCCUUACUUUUACUCCGUACACAUCCGCCGCAGCUUUGCCAAGUUCACUCUUUUCUUUAUUUACCUCUUUUCUUUGGUUUUCUGCCUCCUGCCGUACAGCGGCUAUGGCAAAUUCAGACAGUACUGUCCCGGGACGUGGUGCUUCAUCGACAUGGAUGCAACAGGGGACGAGCGGGCCAGCUUGGUGCGGGCCUUCUCCCUGUCCUACUCCUCCCUCAUGGCACUGCUGAUCCUGGCGGUGUUUGUGUGCAACGGCUCGGUGAUUGUCAGCCUGUGCCAGAUGCACCGGAGCCAGGUGAUGCGGCGCGGCUCGGUGGGGUCGAGCGGGAGAAGGAGGAGGCUGAGCCUGGCCUGGUUCGGCCAGGGCGAAGAGGAGAUGGACCACCUGGUGCUGCUGGCGCUCAUCACUGUGAUCUUUGUGAUCUGCUCCCUGCCGCUCACUAUUGCAGGUUUUAUCAACUCCAUUCACCCCUUUUGCGGUGACGCAGAGAAUCUGACCGCCUUCCGCUUCUACGCCCUCAACCCCAUCGUGGAUCCCUGGGUCUUCAUCAUCUGCCGCAAGUCUGUUUUCCACCACCUUUGCUCUCUGCUGAGCUGCCGCUUCAGCAGAAGAGCCGUGAAGACGACGGCACACUGCGCCCUGUCUUUACCCCUUGACAAUCACAUACAGCGCAACCCCCCAGACGUGACAGUUCCACAGACCAACGUGUACUCCAAUUUACCUCUGUGACCCUCAGCUGUGCAGGCUCGCUGGAGGCUGGGAGGCUUUCAUGUCUUAUAAAACAAUGGAGCAAAACUGAGAGAAGAACCUUGAACAUUCACACACAGGAUUCCUCUGUUCACCAUUUUAAGGCACAAAGACUUAAACAAAGAAGUGUCUGUCACCUUCUAGACGUGGCCUAUGAACUAACUUUGGGGAAAAAAAGUGAUUGCACAAAGUCUUAAACGUGAACUGAUGGAAACUGUUUCCAGAGGAGUUGUGCCAUAAAACAGACAGCACUGUAACGUAGCACUAAGGAACACAUCCAACUGUGUCAUGCCUAUGAAUAAUAUACUGUCAAAGAAUAUAUGCACUCGGGUAAAGCUAUAUGAGUAAACAAUAUGCAUGAAUGUAUACUGUCUUUCCUCUCAGCCUUUUCUUUAAGACACUGCCACUCUUCAUUAAUGGAUCGCCCACAUGCCCACUAUCUGUGACAUGAGACGCAGUUCACACUCGCUUCAACUGACGACGUGUUAAUCCGUUCCAUGUAUUUGAUUCAAGUGAGGAGAAGAUGUCCCUUAGAUAAAGUGGCAGAAGUAGGUUUCCCAGACAAGGCGCGGCAUAAUUCUAAAUAUAAACCAGGACUUAAAGAAGAAUAGUCAGUCAUGUCUUAACACGACAGAAAGCAUAGAGCCACGCUAGCUGCCCUUUCCAGGCUGUACUUUGGCACAGCGGCACUUUGAGCUGAAUGCUAAUGUCAGCAUGUUAACCUGCUGAUGUUGCAGAUUUAAACAGUUGCUAUUUAGCACAAAAUACAAAGUACAGCUUAAGCUGAUAGGAGGUGUUUGGUAAUAAACCCAUGAAAAUUUUGACCUUGUGAUGCCAAUCAAAGAAAAGUCAAGGGGCUAAACCAAAGUUACUACUCUUCAUCCUCUUGGCACUUUAGAAAACUGCACCAAUAAUGGAAACGCGCCCAGUGCUUGUUCAGAUAUGUCUGUCUGGAUCAAGGUGGUGGACCGCCAGACCGACAUCUUUCCUUCUCUAGAACAACACUGCUGACGUGGCUAUAAAGUGCAAGUCUGGCUUCCAGCUGUCAGGCGUUUACAUCAUACCCGUGAAAAUGGGUCUUUGUUGCAGAAUACUUGUCUGACUUGUUGUGCUGUUCGGUCUUUGUUGUAAUAGACCAGAUAAUCCAGGUGCUCGCUGACAGACGCCGCUGUUCCACCUGCAGCACAGACUGCUAGUCCAUGUCAUCACUGCACCGUAUGGACUGAUAGAUUGGAGUCUCGUCUUUUCGGGUGCUUGUGUGGUUUAACCUGUUGUUCAAAUGAUGUAAGCACUCUAGAAGUCUCACAAUUCAACAAAUUAAAGGUGAAAAUGGGGCAUUUGUUUUAAUAUAGGCUAAAGUUAAAGGGAUAAUCUGAAGUUAAACCUGCCUUUUUGGAAGUUCAACUCUUCUUCCAAGAAAUCAGAUCAGUUAAUCAAAGAGCACAUUUAGGACUAUUACAAAUCAGUCAAUCAGUCUUAAAGGGCCACUUUAGUCUCAAACUAAGUUCAUAUUCCUACCCAGACAAUAAUCUCACUGUAGUGCACGAACAUUUGACCCCCCCCCCUUCUCAUUCUCUCUCUUUUCUAACUACCUAUGAUGAUGAUGGUCUGUGAAUGUUUUUUUUAGAGCCUCUUUGUGUUUGAAAAACUCUGCUGCUGCAACAUGCACUGUGAGAAAUAGUCUUUUGUUGUUGUGACUUCAAUGCUGUAACUGCAAUGUAAUGUAGUGUAUUUAUGCCUUUAUGCCUUUUACUCUGUGCUAUAAUGUCGUGUAUCCUGACACUUGUGUUACUUUGGUUUCCGCUGUAGAACACGGAGGAGUAACGGUGAUUUGAGUUCAGUCGUUGUUGUGUUGCACGUUCACUUUUUCGCUUUAUAGUCUUUAAAAGCUCAGUCAUGCAUGACCCGAGGUAAGUCACGUUACCACUUGCACAUUUGGUAUUUGAGGGUAUAAGUAAUUGAGAUGUGCAUCCAUUAAAAAUGAAUGAAAGGAAUGAAAGAAUACUUUUUUUUUAAAGUAGUAUUCAUUAUAUGGUACACAUUUUGUUCAUGUGAAGUUAAGUAUUAAAAGAAAAAACUGCCAAGUCUGGCAGCGUAUAUCUGUGUAUGUUCCCGAAGAGAAACAGCGAUGUGAUGUUGAACAGGCGUACAUAUUAAAAACCACACUGCUCUGUCUCAGCUCUUAUAUAGUUCUUGACUGUCCUGACACCUGAACAUAACAUCAGCCUUCACUGCACUCAUUUGAUAUGUGAAGCUCCGUUAUGCAGGAGUGAAGUCAUUUCUUUUAUGAAACAAUGUGCCAAAGCCAGCCAGAAUAACAUAGCAGCGUUGUUGCUUUCUCCAUAAAUGUGACGUGUGCAUCAUUCAGAUUUCUGUUCAAAUCUGUCAUUUAAAUGUUCACCAUUGUGGAGAAUAUUGAGCAUGAAUUCUUAGAGCGCAUCGCCACUUGUUUUUGUGGGGAAAAUAUUUGGUAAAUGUAAAAUGUGGAUAAACUUCUUAAAUGUGACAGAUGUGGGAUACAGAGUGAUAGAAAGUGUUGAUGAAUAUUUACAUUUUGCUGUUCUAUGUGGGAAAUGAGGAGGGCUCAUGCAAACAGUUGAACGACAACAGCUUAUUGUGUGAACAGUAUCAUUUUAAUGUAUUAACAUUGGUUUGCCACCUUUAGAAACACAGUCCCAUAUAUAAUCUGUAGUUAGAACAGCAGAGCAGUGGUGGUCCUACAGCACCACCACAUGGUGGACUAGUGUACACUCCCAACCUGUCACAGUUUCUCCUCAGGCAGCUGCUCUCCACUGACAGCAUAGUGGCAAAAAGGAUUAAGUUAAUGUGCUGUAAAUCAAUGCAGUUGUGAACUUUCAUUUGCUUCCCAGAAUUGAGUUGGCCAACAAAAGAUCGCCUGCAGGGUUCUAGCGAAAUAGAUUUCACACACAAAGUAAUCAGGAAUUGGCUCACGAUGUGGUUUGUUUUAUCAGCAGCUCAGACAACUGACUGAUUAAUUGCAACAGCACUGCAGAGAGGUUUCACUGUUCAUAACAAAGGCCGCACGCAUGAAAGAAUAACUGGAAAUUAACAAUGGAAUUUCAAAUAGCUCCUAUGAUACAUACAGGGAAAACUUUGCUUUUAUAUCACUGAACACUUCUGUAACCAUUCAGAGUCCAAACUAGAUCAUUUUUUCAGCACACACUCAGCUCAUCUUAUGUCAAUGCAAUAAAGUAUAAACCUACAAGGUACAAAUAUUAAGUGAUCACUAGAACUAUUACAAAGCAGUUUAAAGUUGUAAAAGAGCUACUAAAACUAUAUUUUGACUUAUCGUGACUAA